AUGUUUGAACAACUAAAAGUUCAGUAUUCAUCAUCAUUAUUAUGUCCAUGUUCACAAAUAUUGGUUCUAUAUUCUAAAUUUCUUUCUGUAAAACCAGCUACUUAUCGUCAAGUUUGUUCAAGUUAUUUUAUUUCAUCGAAUUUUAUUCAAUUAUUAUGGAUUAGUGAUUUAUAUAGCAGUUAUUAUUGGAAUAUCGAUAUGAAAAUAUUAAGUAUUCAAUUUCGUCUUUUAGCAUCACUUUGUUCUCUUGCAGAAAAUACAAUCCAACAAAAGAUUAAAAUAUUUUCUUCGUGA